UGUGUUGGGAGGGGGGGAAAUUGUGGCGGAGAAAAGCCGGAGGGGGAAGAUGAGGCGGCCCCCCAGCGUGGCUUUGCGCGUGGUCUUCCUGGACUAUCUGGCCUUCUACCGCACCAACUGGUCGGAAGGGAAACUCUGCGUUUGCAACGAAGUGGCUGUCAAGGCUGCUGCCCGGCGCUUCCUGGAUCGCGCCUCCUGCCCGGAGGAGGGGUUCAGCCAGUUCAACGUGUACAGCAUCGCGGAGAAGUGCUUGCAGGCGAAGGGCGAGCAGGGCGGGCUCGUCUUCCCAAAGCUCGUCCGAGCCUUCGAGUUCCUGGAGCUGCUGUGCGUGAACCUCUUCCUCUCCCCUUGGAGGAAAGAAAUCAGGUCCUUGAAGACUUUUACAGGAAACUUUGUCUACUGUAUGCAGUCCGUUCUACCAAAAUGCAUCGUGGAAGAACUGCUAGAGAAAAUAGGUUACGUCGCAACAGCAGCAACAGAAUUUUCCCUUGUCCGAAAGCUGAAUGAGGAAGAAGCUGAGCAAGCCGCGUUUGAAAUAUUCCUUGCAAGAAUAGAAUGCGAAGACCUCCUUGAAAUCACAAGAGAUGUACGAGACAGUGACUUGAGAGAUGUCCUACAGAAGAGAGCCCAAACGCACUGGCAUCCAGAAGGCGAGGCGGACGGAACACACCAGCCGUCCCAAAGGAAGGAGUACAUGUUGAACAGAGGAGGAAAUAACACAGCAGGAUACUCCUGUCCUCAGCAAAUGUACUUAGCAAACAGCCAACUAGCUUUUGAGAAAGUUGGAAAUACUGAGCUUGGAGGAGAACUUAGCCUCUCGGUCAUUACAGCAGAGUCUCAGCCAGUUUCUUCUGAAUUCAACAGCUCAAACCAAAGCCAAGCAAGUGCCUCAACAACCUCUUGUGUGAAAAGCUCGGACAGCGAGGACUUCUUGACAAAAUAUAGUGACAUUGUAAUUGGGCAAAAGCCUCUGCAUCUUACCAAUCUCCCCCUGAAAGCAUCAGAGGAUAAGAACCGGCCCAUGGGACUCAUCGGACCCACACUGGGCCCACCUGCAAAAGCAUUACACUCACACACCCUUCUAUCUCCCAAUGCAAGCGGUCCACAAGCCUUAGCCAUUCUUAAUGAUGGUGCUUUGGAAGUGUCUUGUGACCACGGGACCCAAGAAUCCUCCCAAGAGACAAUCGAAUCGGAAAUCAGAGAUGCCAUGAAUUGCCUAUCUGUCGGUGAAUCACAUCCCAUAGACCAACCUAAAGAACUGAAAGGGAAGAGCGCCAUACAACACGGCAAUAAAUUGCACAUUGUGAUGAGCUUGUCUAGAGAAGAGGACUCUUACGCCUCUGAUCAAUUAAAGGUCAAGCAAGAUGGUGAAGAAGCACUCAUGUAUCCUAUAGAAGAAACCACACAAGAAGAAUCCACAAUGUACAAUGAACCUCAGGAAUUUAGUCCUACUAGGGUGAAACUCACAGAUUCACCUGGAGGGCAUAAAGACGAUUUCAGCGUUGACCUCUAUUCAUCAGAUCAGUUCCGUAACACCAUCGAGAAUGCAUAUCCCACCGGUGCUUCGAAGUUCAACAGACUUCUAGUGGGCAUUUCAAGCCCACAUCAGGCUCAUGAGUGCUACGGGCAUAUGGGAGAGCCAGCCAGUUCACCCUGUACCAUCCUUCCAACCAGUACUGAAAUGCAAUAUCCUGGUGGCAUUCCAGAUCUACAGGGCGGAGGGGACCUUGAAGGCCGUCCUCUGCAGUCUUCUCUCUCAGACGAAGUUGCCUUUCAGACUUGCAUUGUAAAGAUGAAUGAAACCAGCCCAGACGAUUAUGUCCUCAUAAGCAAAGACUAAGUGAGGAGUUCACUGGGCUCUGGAUUUAAGCACGUUAGAACCUUCCAUAUCCAAAUAUGGAGCAGGUUCUCUGGCAAUUGGGUUGACAGAUGUGCCAAACUGUUGCACCCAACUAUUAUUUCUUUCUUCAGCUAUGUUUCUCACCCUCACCCCUGGUGGCCAUUAGAAGGUGGGGUACAACUACUGACUCAAUUUCUGACCUCCCAUUAACUCUCCAGCCUCUUUUAUUUGCAUCCCACAUUCAAAGGGCUAAAGAAACAGGAAGGGAUUAGAAUACUGGAAUUAUUUCAUAUCAGAGAACCCAAAAUAUAUCCAGCAAAAAGGGAGAUCAGAACUAAGUGGUAUAUGAAAUGAGGAGCACAUUAUCUGUUUCUUUUAAAUUUUUUUCCUCCAAGCCUGGCCCACCUUAAGCAAAUACUGUUUUCAUUUUUAAGAUCUGAGAUUAUGGAAAGGACAGAUUUAAGUUUUAGCUUGCUCGUGCUUUUGGGUGAGCCACUUCACACAAACAUACUAAAUCACUUUUAUAUGCAUUAAAUACUUCAGCAAAAAAAAAUGUAACUUGUAUGGUAGGGAAUGGAAUUGCAUAGCGGCAGGGCCCUUUCCUGACUUUCAGUUUUGUCACAUUCUUUUCUUAAUAUUAUGUUGAUUCUGAACUGUGGCAGCUAACAAUUUCUUCUAUCCUGCACCUUUGGACAGCUACCCUUCAUUCUACAUACCAUACAUUGGCAUUACAAAAAGGGCAUUCUUGCAAAAUUAAUGCUUUUUUUAAAAAAAAAAAUCAUCAGGCAGUGGCCUGUAUCCAACCAUUUUUGGUUAAUGUGAAUUAAGGGCAUGUACGUGGUCUUGAGACAGAAGGUUUUUUUUCCAGUGAACACCCUGGAUCCUUUUCCUGGACAAGGGGAUUAUUGGAACUCACUACAUCUUAAGAAAGCCUAAGUGUUUUUUUUAAUGUGGUUGGAUACAAAUAAAAUAUUUCUGGACAUUCAUCUACUGUAGACACAGCCAUCUAACCCAUCUUUUUUUAGGCACGUGUAUCGCAAUGCAUUUAUACUCCAUUUUUAAGUGGUUAAUUCCCUAAUACAAAAUUAACCAAGCAGCUUUGUCCACUUACUCCCGCUGCAGAGUCCUAUUAAAAUCUGUCGGGAGUCCUCAGGUUCCAAAGCUUUCAGUCCCUCCCUCUGGCUCCAAGCAAAUGGAAUGAAACUUCAAUUAGAACGUGGCCCACUUCUAAGCUCCACGGGUCACCAGCUUUUGUGUAAAGUGCCCGCGAGAAGCCUUGCAGAAGAAUCAGUUUUAUUUCUAAAAUAUUUCUAUAGCAAUUUGCAAAAAAAAAAAAAAAAUGUUUUCUGGAAUAAAG